CCAGAAGCAUGUGCAACUGCUGAAGAGCUAAAGCAUUGUUCACAAGACUUUUAUUUUUCUCUUUGACAACCUAACAGAGAAUCCCUUAUCAGAUGUGAACAACACUGACGCCAGCGAAUAUCAGCAGUGACUCUCAGUGCUGCUCUGACUAUAAACCGUAAGCAAUGACUAAUAGGGCCCAUUUGAGGGAGGAUUUCCUCAAGGUUUGAAGUACAACCUAACACAGCUGAUAACUAGCAAUGAAAUUUGCAUUUUAUGAAGUUUCAUUACAUUUCAUUUCAUUAGUGAAGGCAGAACCACAACCACAGAAUCUCCACAGCAUAUUAUGUAUGAUAUGAUUUAAGUGACAAAAAUAAUUGAAUCUCUUUUCUCUCAAAAGAUAUGUUAAUCUCAUACUUACAUCUUUAUUGUAGCAACAUUCUGUGAGAUCCAAGGAAGGAUAUGAUUCGCACAGCCAGGGUCCAAAGGCUGCACGUAAUUUCGUUACAGCACUCACUGUAUGACCCCGGUCAAUCUAAGGCCAUUCAUAUAAAGCAUUGUUUAAUAUCAGUAUGUUAGUGUUCUAUUGAAAAUGGUCGAAGAACUGUAUUUGAACAACGUUAUUGGCCCUGAUUGUUCAUGUCUGAGAAGAUUCCCUCAUCAUAAAGAAUAGGGAUCAACUUGGCCAGGAAGGCACCCCCGUGAUGACAAGACAAAUAUACACCUUUGCAUAAGCAAUCAGUUUCCUUUCUGUCAGUCAGUUCAAAGUCAAAGUGCCAUAAAAUCAGUGUGUUUGCAGUUCCUCCUUCCUCAUAGUCAGACGUAUUCAAUAGGGUGUCAAGGCAAGCAACAUCUCCACAGCAGGCUGAAAGAGUGGGAAUUAAUGAAGAUCACCGAGGACUGAAAGGGUGUAGAAAAGAAAAGUCGGUGAUGUUGAGAAAGGGGGAGUGGGUUUGGGUGAACUCAGACAUCGGGGUACCCAUUGGAGCGAGGGUCAAAGUAACAUCAGCUGGCCAGCAGUUUCUGGUGAACGAUGAGGGAAAGGAACAGACACUAUCCCAGGAGCAGGAAGCCUCCCUCAAGAUCAUGCACCCUACAUCAGUGGAGGGUGUGGACGACAUGAUCAAACUGGGAGAGAUGACCGAGGCUGGCCUCCUCAGGAACCUGCUGCUCCGACACAAACAAGGCAUCAUCUACACCUACAUUGGCUCUGUGCUGGUGGCAGUGAACCCAUACCAGGACUUUCCAAUAUAUACAGGUGAUCAGGUGAGGUUGUACCAUGGUCGAAAGCUGGGAGAACUCCCUCCGCACAUCUUUGCCAUCGCUGAAUCCUGUUACUGUAACAUAAAGCGCCAUCUCACGAACCAGUGCUGCAUCAUCAGUGGGGAAUCUGGAGCGGGGAAGACAGAGAGCACUAAGCUGAUCCUUCAAUACUUGGCAGCGAUCAGUGGUGAGCGCACUGAACAACAGAUUAAAAAGCAAAUCCUGGAGUCCAACCCAAUUUUAGAAGCCUUUGGAAAUGCUAAAACAAUCCGCAAUGACAACUCCAGUCGCUUUGGGAAGUAUUUGGAGAUCUUCUUCAGUCAGGAUGGGGUGAUCGAAGGCGCUCGUGUGGAGCAGUAUAUUCUGGAGAAAUCUCGUGUCUGCCAUCAGGCCCUGGAAGAGAGAAACUACCACAUAUUUUACUGCAUGUUGGCAGGAAUCAAAGCAGAGGAGAAGAAGACUUUGUGCCUUGGAGAUGCUAAGGAAUACACAUUCCUUACGAAGGGCGGCUGUAUUGUGUGUGAAGGCAGGGAUGAUGCUAAAGAAUACAAGAGUAUUCGUUCUGCAAUGAAUUCGUUCUUCUCAGAAAACCAAUAUCAGGACAUCCUCAAGCUACUGGCAGCCAUUUUACACAUGGGCAACAUCUGCUUCGAGGCCAACACACAAAAUAACUUGGAAACCAGUGAUGUCAGCAAGUCUGAACACUUCAACAUCGCAGCGUCACUGCUGAAGGUGCGCAAGUCUUCGCUGGCGACAAGUUUGACCCAUCGUUCCUUCACGACCACCAGAGAGCGAGUGACCAAACCCCUCAGCUCUGAACAGGCCUCUGACUGCAGAGACGCCUUUGUCAAGGCAAUCUACAAUAAGCUGUUCAUAUGGAUCGCUGACAAAAUCAACAGUGUCACCUAUAAGAGUUUGACCGAAAGCCCUAAAUCCUCCUUCCUGUCCAUUGGCCUGCUUGAUAUCUUUGGCUUUGAGAACUUUAGCACCAACAGCUUUGAGCAGUUGUGCAUUAAUUUUGCCAACGAGAAGCUGCAACAGUUCUUUGUGGGCCACAUCUUCAAGCUGGAGCAGAAGGAGUACCUGAAAGACGGCAUUGAGUGGACUAACAUCCAGUUCAGUGACAAUCAGGACAUCCUGGACCUCCUGGUAGCAAAACCCUGUAACCUACUGUCUCUGAUUGACGAAGAAAGCCAUUUUCCAAAGGGCUCAGACCUCACUAUGCUGCUCAAGAUGAAUCAGCAACACAGUGGGAACAAGAUCUACAUCGCCUCCAAACAUGAACAUGACACAGACUUUGGGAUUCACCACUUUGCAGGCGUGGUUUCCUAUGACUCCAAAGGGUUCCUGGAAAAGAACAGAGAUGCCAUCAGCGCUGAUAUAAUCCAGAUGGUUGACGUGUCCACCAAUAAGCUGCUUCGUCAGAUUUUUGAGAGCGAGUUUUCAACCAAUGGAGUGAAGAUUAGUAACAACAAGAGGAUCAACAUGACACCUAAGAACUCUCUACGAGGCCAGACUGACAACCGCAAACAAAUGCCGACGUUGAGUGGUCAGUUCCGUCAGUCGCUGGACUCUCUUAUGAAAGCUCUGUCCGCCUGUCAUCCUUUCUUCAUCCGAUGCUUCAAACCCAACAAUGAGAAGCAGUCUCAGGUGUUUGACAGAGAGUUGUGUAUGCGUCAGCUGAGGUACUCCGGCAUGAUGGACACCAUCCGCAUCCGGAAGCUGGGAUACCCAAUUCGCCACACCUUUGUGGAAUUCCAGAAGCGCUACAGGGUGCUCCUGAAGACAACCGUCUGCGACCCCAAAACUAUGACAGCUGCUGCCUGUUGUGAUGCCAUUUGCAAGGCGGUGAUUGAAGGAGAGAAUGAGUGGAAAAUAGGCAGGACCAAGAUUUUCCUGAGGGACACCCAUGAUGCUUUCCUGGAACGGCUGAGGGAACAAGAGCUCAACAGAAUCGCUCUGGUGAUCCAGAGGGUCAUGAUGGGACACAAAGACAGAAAGUCUUUUCUAAAGAAGCGGAGGGCAGCUGUGGUGUUGCAGAGGCAAUGGAGGGCUUACAGGGGCAGAAAGCUUCAGCACUGCUUUCAACGGCUGGUAUCGAAGAUCCGUAGUCGGGAGCUCCAGUUACAGUACCGAAGACAGCGGGUGGCAGCACUCACCCUACAAAGCCAGGUGCGAGGCUACUGGGUGAGGAAGGAUUGGAAGAAGAAGAGACAGGCAGUCAUUCUGCUGCAGGCUCACACAAGAGGAAUGCUGGCCCGAAGAAUAGCUGGAAAUCUCAGGAAUGAUAAAAUUACUUCGGAUAUCCAUCAGCAACUGCUACUUGUCACCCAAUUGCCUGAGCCAGUGACUGAACAGGAUUCAGAGGAUGACACGUAUCUUCAGCUCAUACCUCGUAUGGAAGUGGUCAAACAGGAAACAUCAGCUGAGAAGAUGAGCAACAUUUCAGAGCCGGUGGAGGAAGUCACCUCUUCACCCUCAACCUCAGCCUCAACCUCAGCCUCAACCUCAGCCUCAACCUCAGCCUCAACCUCAGUCUCAACAUCCCCCACACCAUCGCUGGAAGAGGGCGAUGAUGAGUUUGAUGACAGUAGUGAUGAGUUUUCGUUCUACAGGUUCAGCAUCCAAUACUUCCAGGGCAACGCUACACACAUGCACGUCGACCAGAGACUCAAGCAGUCUCUUCUUCCCCAUGAUGAUGAAGGCGAUGCACUGUCCUGUCUGACUGUAUGUUGGAUUAUAAUGCGUUUCAUGGAAGACAUGCAAGAACCAAAAUCUGCGGAUGCGAUAUCUCAAGCGUCCACCACCAUCUCGCGGCAACUGCCUCACCGGCAGGGCAGGAGGCUGAGCAACCUGGUGGGACUGGACCAGGUAACAUCGUCUCAUUAUGACACGUCAAGACUAAGAAUAACAGCAACUGGUGGACCACCAGGGCUUGGGUGGCAAACCCAAUGUAGUGACCCAGCUGUAUUACAAACAGCUUGUUUUCUGCUACCACACUACAUAGAAGAUCAGCUUGAAUGUCAAACAUCAGUCCCGAGUCUAACCUCUAAUUAUCACAUGUUUUCUGCACAGAAAAUACUGAGGAAAAACAAGAAAAAGUCUAUAGGUGGAAUCAGAAGAGCUUCUGCUAUUCUCGAGGAGCCUGAGAACAUGACAGAGGACGAGGACAUUUUGGUUGGAGAGGGUCCUACACUGGAUCGACCUCUUACAGCCCAGGAAAAAGUCCACAUUAUCACCGGAUACGGUCUAUCGAGACCAGACAUAAGAGAUGAGAUUUACUGCCAGAUCUGCAAGCAGCUGGUGAACAAUAAGAACACGAGAAGCCGUAUGCAGGGCUGGUUGCUUCUUUCCAUCUGUCUCGGGAGCUUCCCACCAACAGACCUCUUUGUGAAGUAUUUGGAGAGAUUUAUCCAAAAAGGGCCAAGUGGUUACAGAGAAUAUUGUGCCAAGCGACUGCAUCGUAUAAAAGCCACUGGAGCAAGGAAAGAGCUGCCCUGUUGGAUAGAGCAACAGGCUGCAAAGACCAAGGAGCCCAUCCAUGCGUCUGUGACUCUGACGGAUGGCCGUAGUGUGAGUGUACAUUUGGACUCAGCCUCCACUUCUGCUGAAGUCUGUCAAGCUUUGGCUGACAAGAUUGAUCUUCGAGACACAUAUGGAUUCUCCCUGUACAUCAGUCUCUUUGACAAGAUGUGGUCUCUGGGCAGCUGUGGGACGUAUGUGCUGGACGCUGUGUCUCAGUGCGAGCAGGAGAUGAGGAGGCAGGGAAGGGAGGAGAAGGACACCCCCUGGAAGCUCUCCCUUCGCAAAGAACUGUUCGCACCUUGGCAUGACUGCUCAGUAGACUCGAUCAGCACGGAUCUGAUCUACAGACAGGUCAUCAAGGGAAUCAAGUCUGGCGAGUACACCUGUGAGAAGGAGGAUGAAUAUGUCCACCUGGCAGCACAGCACUAUUACAUCCGGUUUGGCUCUGCGCACGACAAAGGCAACGUCCAGAAGGUGGUUGAGGAUUGUAUCGCAACCCCACUUAUUGAGAACAAAUCAAUGACAAAGUGGAUCCAACUCAUCAGCUCGGCACACUUAGAGGGUCCUUACACCCAAAGGAACCAGAAAACAGAAAGCGUAAAAGCAGAACUGGUUGACGGCGCCCGAGAGAAAUGGCCCAUUCAUUUCUCCAAGUUCUAUGAAGUUACAAUGAUGUCAGGACCUCCUUUGCCCAAAAGCAGGUUUGUUGUGGCUGUGAACUGGAGCGGCAUCAUGUUCAUGGAUGGUAAAGACAGGAAGCUCUUUGAGGCUGCUUACCUCGAGAUAAAGGAAGCAGACGUCAUGAGUGACAGCCAUUUCGGUGCUCAGUCACUGAGUUUGGCCACAGUCAGAGGAGACUUCGUCUUGAAGUCUGAGGAAGCUGUAGACAUGGCCGCACUUAUAAAGAAACACCUGGAAGGGCUGAGACAGCGUUCGGUGUACGCAGUGGCUCAGCAGGAUGUCAGCAAACCAGAUGACCCCAUAUUCCUGGUUUGUAAACGGGGAGACCUGCUGCUAGUAGAGAAAGAUAAAGAGCAUCCUCCUGAUGUCAACUGGGUCAAAGCAAACAACCAGCGUACCGGUAGCAACGGUGCAGUCUAUAAGGAGACGCUGCAGUUUCUGCCGACUCUCAGCAGACCCUCUGAGGAGAUCAUGGAUCUGCUCAAUCCAGGCCUGAAGAAAACUUCAGUAACACAGAACACCCAACAGAGAGACGAAACAGUGGCUCCUGUCUCUUUAAAAGAGUUUGCACUUGAGAACUUCCGGCCUGCAAAUAAAUUUGUUGGUCGACAGGGUGGGUCCAGAGGGGAGAAACUGUGGGUUUUUUCCAGAGAACCCCUCAAGCAGCCACUCAUGAACAACCUGGUCCGCAAUUCUGACCUCAGCCACUUGGCCUGCAACGCCUACACUGCUAUCCUGAAAUACAUGGGUGACUACCCCAUCAAAAACAUUCGCAGUCCCAUAGAGCUGACAAACCAGAUCUUUGGUCCAGCCACCCAGCAUGAAGCAUUGCAGGAUGAAAUCUACUGUCAGAUUAUGAGACAGAUGACCAGCAAUAACAACAGGUUGAGUUUGGAGCGUGGGUGGCAGCUGCUGUGGCUGUGUUCAGGCUUGUUCCCGCCCAGUCCCAGUUUGAUGAAAUACACUCAGCGCUUCCUGGAGUCACGGCCCAGAGAUCUGCUGUCUGCUGGCUGCCUGCAAAGGCUGCAGGGGAUGCGGAGUAAGGAGCCCAGGAGGUUUCCUCCCCAUCUGGCAGAAGUGGACGCCAUCCAACAGAACAGCACCCAGAUCUUCCAUAAAGUUCACUUCCCAAAUGAUACAGAUGAUAUAUUUGAGGUGACGUCAACGACCACGAUCAAAGACCUGUGCUGCAGUAUUGCCUCUCAGCUCAAACUGACCUCAGCUGAUGGAUAUGGCCUGUACAUGAAAACGCCAGAUAAGGUCACAAGCUUGGAUGAGGAGCAGUAUUUCUUUGAUAGUCUAAGGCAGAUUUUUGACACUCCUAAGAAGGCAAAAAGAGUCAAAGAGAGCAACCAGGCCAAUGCUCCCUACCUGGUGAUUUUUAAGAGGAAGCUCUGGUUCAAUGUGAGUCCAGAGAAAGACCUGGUUGCAGACCUCACUUUCCAUUUCCCACAGGAGUUACCCAAGUACCUGCGGGGGUACCACAACUGCACCAAGGAGGACAUGAUCAACCUAGGCGGACUGCUCUUCAGAGUCCAUGUCGAUUCAGACAGGUCGCAAUUUGUUAUGAUCCCCAAAAUGUUGAGAGACCUGGUUCCCUAUGACCAGUUAAAUAUCAUGUCUCCUGAUGAAUGGAAGAAGCACAUCAUCUCCUCCUACAACAGACAGAGUGGCAUCACGGUGCAGGAGGCCAAAAUUGCCUUCCUAAAAGCCAUUUCAAAAUGGCCAACCUUUGGCUGUGCUUUCUUUGAUGUUAAACAAACAUGUGAAUCAAGCUACCCAAAUGUAAUCUUGAUUGCCAUCAGCAAGCUAGGUGUCAGCUUAAUAGACCCAAAGACAAAGGAAUUGCUGGUCAUGUACCCGUUCAACCGCAUCACAGACUACUACAGUAAAGGCAACCAUUUUCAGAUGACCAUCGGCACCGUGGUGAGGGCCGUCAACUUUGUCUGUGAAACCCCACAGGCUGUCACAGCGGAGGACCUUCUCAGAUCAUACAUCAUCAUGUACGAGAGGCAGAAGCAGUCCUUUCGACCACGGAACAGCAUAUUUCUUCAGGCUUAAAGAUCUAAAGAAUAGACUGAACUGUUAUAUGGACUGUUGAUUGAUCUCUUUAGAUUAAUGUAUAUGUAUGACAAAUUGUCCCUAAUUACUUCCGCUUAACAAGUUAGUUAUAUUCGAAUUGAAGAGUGUCGUAUCAUCAUUUUUUAUUGUCUUAAUUGCAAUUCCUAACUUGUCACUGUGAGAACUGUUGAGAGUGAAGAACAGACUUUAGAUUCAUGUCAAUUUAGUGGUAUUAAACUUUAAUAUUUAACAUUGAGUCAUUUAUCUUAACAUAUUGAACAGAGACUGAUCAUUAACUAGUGCAGUCUCAGAGGAGCGAAUAUGUUUUCCUGCUCCUUCAGGUCAUUUAGCUAAAAUGGUUGUUUUUGCAAUAUUUUUUAUUAUCGUACUGAAUUACCUCUGAUUUACUGCUACUGCUUUUUAUCACAGAUUUUAAGUCAUCACACAUUUUUCAGUGUUUUCAAAACACAAGUGCAUAAAACAUCUGCAUGUAACUGGGAGUGUCCUUUUCAGUCCCAAAGUGUCCUUUACAUUGGAAUAUUUAUCAUUUUCCAUAUUUCUUGCAAUUAGAUAUUUUGUUUUAUGUUAUACUUGUAGGUUAAUGGAUUUUCAGUAUUCUGCCAACCAUACACAUGCAGACUGAAAUAAUUGUGAACAAUUAUGAUAAGGCUAUGGCCUAAAAGAUAUCAAACACUCAAACUGAUCACAUUUAAAAUUUUACCUGAAGGUGAAAUCUAAUGAAGCUAAUAUAUAAUUAGAGGCAUUAACAGCUUAAUUCUUCACAGUCUGUUGCUUUGUGUUGUUGGUCAGUGGAUGUCAGGUAAUUGAAGUGGAUAUGUUGUGCACUGUGACUGAAUUUGGCUUUGGAUGGGGAUAGUUUUACAGUACCAGCAAUGUGAAAUUGAAUAUUAAUGUCAGUUUUAACUGUGAGGUGUUUUCUGUGCAGGUGAAGCAUAAACCUAAGUCAUUUUUUACAGGAGGAAUUUGACAUGUGAUAACAGGAAACACAAGUCCAUUAGGGCUGCAUCCCACUUAGCUGUGCCAAUUACAGGUUCCACAGCUCUGCUUCUGUACAUGCUCAUGUGGAUUACAAAUAAAUGGAGUGCCGAUGUAAUGAA